AUGUUGUGGAUAUUACUUUUUUGUAUUUACGGCAUAGCAGCCGUUCCUAACGCUUCACGUGUUAAAAGGAGCCCAGCCUUAUACAACGACUGCCAGGGAUUAACUUGCGACACAUGGUCUUCCACCUACUACAUACUUCCUGACUGUACCCAGUUCUGCAAAUGUACUAAUGGAGUACCAAUUUUAUACGAGUGCAGACGUGGAUACCAAUUCAAUCCUAGAACGAGACGAUGCGAUAUAUCUAGUAGUACGUGUAAUCCCUGUACGGCCUACGGAUCUUGUCCGAAAGAUGGAGGACAGCAUUAUUUCGGUCUUCCUGAUUGCACUAAAUUUUGUCAAUGCGCAAAUGGCACGCCCGUCCUGAAGGAUUGUGGACCAGGAACCCACUUCAAUCCCAGAUUGAAUGUCUGCGAUUGGCCACAAAAUGCUGGUUGCCAAUACUCUUUUGAUAUCAGAAAAUAGAUAAUCGUUACUGUUGUAAUUAUAUUUUGUAAUUUUUAAAUAACUUUGUUCAAUAUUCUAUUUGUGUGGACCUUAUUAUAUUUGCUAAAUUUGUAUGUGAAUAUACUAAAAAAUGUAAAUAAAGUUUAGUAAGCAAGCAA